AUGGAUCUGGCUUACGAUCAUAUCACAGAGGAUGGCUACGCUAAGAAGACGGAAGAGCCAAAGACUACCCAACCCCAGUCAACUCUGAAUGAGGACCUCCAGGACGCUUACAAGGCGUUUUCUAACAGUCCAUGGGGCGCCAGGAUUGGCGGUUUCUUUGGCACUGUAGCCAAGCAGGGUGAAUCGGUAUAUACACAAGCAUCAAAGGAGUUGGCUGAAGUGGGUGAAGAUGCGUCGAAGGGGCUUACAACCCUGCGCUCAACUAUUUUGAGUCAUACACGGAACCUUUCACUCAAUACUGUUACAGGAGGUGAGAGCUCAAAGGAUGGAGAGAAGGAUCAGGCCACUCCAAGAGCUUCUCAAGAUGGCUCCCAAGAAGCGAAACAAUCUGAGAAUACCCUUGCUCGUCUUCGGGCUGAAGCCGCCAAGAGGUUGAAGGACCUUCAACGAGCUGAGGAUGCCGCCGAUGAGGCUCUCAUCAAGUUUGGUGGCAACGUCCGAAACUUCCUUCGUGACGCUGUCAGCAUCGCACCACCACAGGAGUCUGAUCAAAGUGGCACUGUUCUCUUUGAAAGCAAGGACGCUCAAGGCAAGCGGGUGAUCCAUACCUCAAGAUUUGAUGCUCAACUACAUGUUAUUCACACCUCGACUGAGAGCUUCACUAAGGACCCCAACAGUGCUGAUUAUGCUGUUUGGUCAAAGGAGUUUGAUGCUGACAAGAAGACCCCCGAUAUUAAUGAUGAUCUACAGAAAUUCCCUGACUUGCGAGCUACCAUGGAGAAGCUUGUUCCCGACCAGGUUCCCUACGUUGACUUCUGGAAGCGCUACUAUUUCCUUCGUCACGGUAUCGAGACAGCCGAAGCCAGACGACGGGAUCUCCUCAAGGCUGCAUCUGCCGAGGAUGAGGUUGCCUGGAGUGACGAUGAUUCUGACGAUGAUGACUCCGACGACUCGGCCGACACCAGCACUCCCGCCAACAAGGACAAGACUGCACCAAAGGCUGAACCCAAGUCCGAGCCCAAGACUGCCCCUACUCCUGCUGCUGCCGCCACCGCUUCUUCCUCCUCCACCACCACCACCACUACCACCACUGCUACCCAACCCCCCGCAAAGACCCUGCCGAAGCCAACUGAGCCUCGCAAAUCCAAUGAUGAGAAGUCACAAGCCGAUAGUGAAGCUAGCUAUGACGUUGUCGGUGCGGCCUCUGGGAAGACAACUCAGACUCCUAACAGUCCUAAGAACCCAAAGGACCCCAAGAAGAAGACAGAGAGUAGUGACGAGGAAGACAGCGACGAUGAUUCAGAUAGCGAUGAUGACUGGGAAUAG